AUGUUUUCCGAUGUUAACAUAGAUAAGACUAAUUACGGAAAUAUCGAGUUCUUUGCGCAAUACAAACCAACAUGCCUUUGUCUUGAGGUUGAAAGCAGUUGUAAGCCUAUUAAUGUCGUGGUCGUUUCUGUUCUUUCGAGAGUUGAGUUUAACCUUAUCAACGAUGACCUUACGCAUGCAUCCGUUCCUGGUAUUAUGGUCGUAACUCCACCGGAUAGCACCAAGAAAGCAACAGUAGAAAUAGAACAAAUACAAUCUAAAUGUAUAUAUAUGCAUUUUGAAGAUUGCCCUGGACAAUCCUUUUUGGCCUUUCCUCCAAAUAAAGUGGAGACAGAUUAG